AUGGCAUCCUACCUCAACGCAAAAUAUCAUAUUGCCCAUGACCUUAGGCGUAAACGCGGUGCUCUCUCACCGACACAAGAUGUCCUUGACUUCAUCGCCGACCGUGCAGCUCGCAAACGUGCUCUCACGUACCACGCUUUCGAAGACCAGGUCUGCAGCCAGCCGAACCAUGCAUUCCUCAUCUUCGAAGGCAAAAUCUGGUCAUACAAGGAGUUCUUUGAUGCAUUCACCAGGGUGGGGAAUUGGUUGAUAGAGGACCUGGGCAUACAAGCUGAUGAGGUGGUUGCUGUGGAUGGCGGGAACAGCCCGGAGUAUCUGAUGCUCUGGUUUGCUCUCGAUGGGAUUGGAGCUGUCCCGAGCUUCGUCAACUGGAACCUCACUGGGACAGGAUUGCUAUGCAACUGCAGAUUCCUCAUCACAGACGCCGAUGUCAAGAGCAAUGUCGAGCCAUGCCGUACGGAUCUCGAGGAGACCGGCAUCAAGAUCCAGUACUACGAUCCCUCGUUCUUCGCGUCGCUACCGAACCCGACUCUUAUACCAGACUCGCGUCGCGAACACAUUACUAUAGAGUCCCUCCGCUCGCUGCUGUAUACUUCCGGAACGACCGGACUGCCCAAAGGUGUGACUUUGAGCACUGGUCGCGAGCUCUUGACUGGCUACAGCGCCGCCAAAUACCUCGAACUGAAACCGGCAUCCAGAAUGUACACAUGUAUGCCACUUUAUCACAGGGCUGCGCAUGGCCUUUGCGUUACACCGAUGGUUCAUGCUGGCGGUACAGUCGUAUUGAGCCGGAGGUUUUCGCACAAGACCUUCUGGCCUGAAGUCGCAGCUUCAGAUGCGGAUAUCAUUCAAUAUGUCGGCGAGCUCUGCAGGUAUCUACUCAACGGCCCGACGAAUGCAUUCGAGCGGAAACACAAAGUAAAGAUGGCAUGGGGCAACGGCAUGCGCCCUGACGUCUGGGAACCCUUUCGUGAGCGUUUCAACAUACCCAUCAUCAACGAAUUAUAUGCGGCUACCGAUGGAUUAGGGGCGACAUUCAAUCGCAACGCUGGUCCCUUCACGGCAAAUAGCAUAGGUCUCCGAGGGCUGAUCUGGAAUUGGCGGUUCGGCGACCAGGAAGUGAGGGUGAAGAUGGAUGUUGACACGGAAGAGAUCAUGAGAGAUGCAAACGGCUUUGCAAUCAGAUGUGGAGUGAACGAGCCAGGCCAGGUGCUGCACAAAUUAACACCGGAGACGGUGGCUACUUCACCAGGCUACUACAAGAACGAAGGUGCCACAGAGAAUAGGAGAAUUAGGGAUGUGUUCGAGAAGGGCGAUAUAUGGUUCAAGUCGGGAGACAUGAUGCGACAAGAUGCCGAUGGCCGCGUCUUCUUCGUCGACCGUCUAGGUGAUACAUUCCGUUGGAAGUCAGAGAACGUAUCGACAAACGAAGUAGCCGACAUGCUCGGAAAGUUCCCGCAGAUCGCUGAAACGAACGCAUACGGCGUCCUCGUGCCUGGCUACGACGGCCGAGCGGGGACUGCAUCUAUCGUUAUGGCAGAUGGAGUCACAGAGUCAACAUUCGACUUCGCAGCUCUGGCAAAGCACGCGAAAGCGGUCUUACCGAGUUAUGCAGUGCCGCUGUUUCUAAGAGUAACGCCUGCAUUAGAGUAUACUGGCACUUUGAAGAUUCAAAAGGGUAGGUUGAAGAAGGAAGGUGUUGAUCCGGAUAAGAUCACUGGAGAGGAUAAGCUGUACUGGCUACCAGAGGGUAGUGAUCGGUAUCUCCCAUUCACGAAGAAGGAUUGGGAGGCUGUAGUAGAGAAGAGGGUACGGUUGUCAUAG